UAACGAGCGCAGUCCUCUGGGCAUCAACGCGUCUCCCACAUCUUCCAUAUCAACAGUGAACAGCAACUAAACAAACUCUGGGCGUCGCUUGCACUAUUUUGGACAGCUCUUGAUCAUCCAAGUGUUUAGAGCGUUUGCCAUGGUCGUUUGUCCCAUUUGCAACAAGGGCGUGAAAGCCUCUGAAAUCAACAGCCAUAUCGACUCGGGCUGCCAAACAUUCAUCGUCGACGACAGCAAAGAGCAGGCGACAUCGUCCCCGCCGAACGGCACGCAGAGCAACACCCAGAGCCAACCACCAAGUUCGACGCAGAAAAAGCGAUCCGCGGCAGCAUUCUUCCAGACGCCCACGGCGAAGCGACAGGCAAUCGCCCCUGCCAGAACCUCGGCGCCGCCGCAGACAAACGGGGUUGGAGGCACCAAGGCUGGGGUCAAGCGGAGCUACGAUGACGGCCCAGGUUUUAAGGGCCCGGCUGUAGACGCACCUUCCACCACGAACGGUACAGGAGAAAACAAAGACGGCGCGGCGCCAGCACCGGCAGACGCACGGCAACCUAACGACGCUGCGGACAGCCCGGACCGACCGCUGGCAAAACGAUCCAAGACCACCAGAAAUGCACCCCUCGCCGAGCGCAUGCGGCCGGACACACUGGAUGAUGUAUUUGGUCAAGACCUCGUGGGCCCUAACGGGGUGCUGCGCUCUCUAAUAGAGUCAAAUCGCCUCCCGAGCAUGAUUCUCUGGGGAGGGUCGGGCACUGGCAAGACGACCAUCGCACGGUGCAUUGCACGGCGGGUGGGGAGCCGAUUCAUCGAGUUGAACGCUACGAGCACGGGAGUGGCCGAGUGCAAGAAGCUGUUCGGCGAGGCGGCCAACGAGCUGGCUCUGACGGGGCGGAGGACCAUCAUCUUCUGCGACGAGAUCCACCGCUUCAGCAAGUCGCAACAGGAUGUAUUUCUGAAGCCUGUCGAGGCGGGGACUAUCACGCUCAUAGGUGCCACGACGGAAAACCCUAGCUUCAGAGUCCAAUCAGCGUUGCUCAGCCGGUGCAGGACAUUCACUCUCCAGUCGCUCACGGAAGAAGACAUCCAGCGCAUCCUUCUCCGCGCCCUCCAACAAGAAGUCGAACAUGAAGGCCUUACACUCAGCCCACUAAUCGACGAAGAACUCCUCCGCUACCUCGCAGCCUUCGCCGACGGCGAUGCCCGCACGGCGCUCAACCUCCUCGAACUCGCUCUCUCACUCACCAACCGCCCAUCAUCCGACUCCUCCGAGCCGCUCACGAAAGAAGCCAUCAAGGCCGCCCUGACCAAGACGCUCGUCUACGACCGCGCAGGCGACCAGCACUACGACACGAUCUCGGCCUUCCACAAGUCCGUGCGCGGCUCCGACCCGGACGCGGCGCUCUACUACCUCGCGCGCAUGCUGCAGUCGGGCGAGGACCCGCUCUUCAUCGCACGGCGCAUGGUGGUGAUCGCGUCCGAGGACGUCGGGCUGGCCGACAACACGCUGCUGCCGCUCGCCACGGCCACCUACACGGCCACGCAGCAGAUCGGCAUGCCCGAGGCACGCAUCCCGCUCGCCCACUGCGCCGUGGCGCUCUGCCUCGCGCCCAAGAGCACGCGCGCCUACAGGGGGCUCAACAACGCGCUCUCGGCGCUGCAGGAGCCCGGGGUCGCGGCCUUGCCGGUGCCCGUGCACCUGAGGAAUGCGCCCACCCGGUUGAUGAGGGAGAUGGGCUAUGGGAAAGAGUACAAGUACCCGCCGAAUUAUCGGGGUGGGAGGGUCAAGCAGGACUAUCUGCCGGAGCAAUUGCUCGGCAGGAGGUUUUUGGAGGAUAGAGAUUUGGGGUUGGAGGUGGAUCCCGAUGUUGAGAUGGAAGAGGCGCAGGAUGUUGGGAGGUGAUGAAAGGGGGCCAUUGCGGUCGAAGUGUAGGAUACAUACAUGCUGUACUAAGUGGUUAGGUAUUUGGCACAGGCAAAAAAUGGUGGUUUGGUAUCUGGAUGCAUGCAGGGUUGGCGUAUUGGCUUUCAUAGAGACAUGACUGGCUACCUGAAGUGGUGGAAUAGAACCCGAACACUGUUGAUGUUCGCAUCAUGAAUCGCU